AUCAGGACGCGGAAGCGCAGCGGGGGCGGGAAGGUUGUAGAGCGGCACGUUGGGCUCGGUUUGCAGGUCUUUAAGUGGUCGCACCCUUUUCGAGAGCGCGAUCCGACGGCGAGGCGGUCGCAGGUGCUCUAGCUUUCCCGGUGAGUGUAAAGUGCUGACCACUUGCCACUGAACAUAGUUGAAACAGAAAAUAGGAAGAUGGCAGCAAACUCUUCUGGACAAGGUUUUCAAAACAAAAAUAGAGUUGCAAUCUUGGCAGAACUGGACAAAGAGAAAAGAAAAUUACUAAUGCAGAACCAAUCUUCAACAAAUCAUCCUGGAGCGAGCAUUGCGCUUUCGAGACCCUCUCUUAAUAAGGACUUCCGGGAUCAUGCUGAGCAGCAGCAUAUUGCAGCCCAACAGAAGGCAGCUUUGCAGCACGCACACGCACAUUCAUCCGGAUACUUCAUAACUCAAGACUCUGCAUUUGGGAAUCUUAUUCUUCCUGUUUUACCUCGCCUUGACCCAGAAUGAAGAAAAUAUUUGUACUGAAAGUGACUUUAAUAUCAAAUGCCAAAGCUACUAUCAUUCAGUGCUGCGUGAACUGUGACUUGCAGAAUUUUGGUGAACUUUUCUAUUUUUUGCUUCUUUAAAAGAAAGGUAUGUGUAAGUGAAAGAAAAAAAGGAGGGUAACCCGGAUGAUGAGAGCUUUGGAAAUUGUUUUAUCUGAGAAACCGAUUAUGCUGCCAGGACUGUAACUGCUUGUCACGCAGUUUGAUUUUUCACCCUGAAUCAGACUCUGCAUCAGACGGCACGCCACUCACCCCCAGCCCCCAACUAGUUGGACUGAGUAUAUCAUGUUCAUAGUGGACUUUCAAGGGCCAUUUGUGGUACUUUAGAGAAACAAGGGUGCUUUUUAAAAACAUGAACUACUAGGCUUAAGUAAGUUGCAUUUGUGUUUGCUGUUCAUGGAACUGAUGUCAGUGCACCUUUUCAGUUUAUGGGCAAUGUGCCAUCCUGAAUAUCCCUUAACUCAUAGCUGGUUCCCCUAUUCUCAAUUUUAAAAGAAAAGAUAAGACUAAGUUACCAACCAGUCUUAAACAUUUUUUAUAAACCUAUGCCACUAUAAAUUAUGUGACUAAAUGCUGUUAAAAACAAUGAUAAGAAAUGUAAUGGUUUUAAAAUUUGUACACGCUCUUAUUUAGUGUUACUGCAUAAAUGGUGUGCCUGCAUGGUCGCGUUGUCUGUUUUUGUUCUAAUUAGAAAUGUAUGCAAGUUGAGCCCCUUUUUAAUUAUUUCAAGGAAGAAGGAGUUAGAUUAAGCCAAUUUCUCAACAUGCCACAUCUUUAACAGAAUUUGGGCUUCUAACUUAAAUAUGCAGUUCUCACUACCUUAGCCUAAUCCAACAGAGUUAGAAUCUCUAAUUCAAAAUAAAGUCUGAAAACCAUGGGUUAGAGAAUUCAGUUUUCAUGAUAGGUAUUUAUAAACUCAUAGAUUAGUAGGUCUCUGAAACUUAGAGGUCGUUUAGCUAAAAUCCUACAUUUUUUAAAUUUUUCACUAGGACUGAAAUUAUAUUUUACACUAUAUCACAGAUAUAGUAUUUUAUAUAACUACUUAUACUGACCUCAUCUUGGCCUUGAGUCCCACCCGGUCCUCUCUGCUGGUAGGAUGAAACUUAAAAUUCCAGUUUGGGUCAAUAUUUAGUCCAAAUUCAUCUCCCUUUUCAGAGUGUCCUCUCCCUCCUUCCCUACAUAUUGGCACCAGCCACGCAGCCUCAUCUUACCCAAACUCUGUGAAGCAGGAGGAGUCACAAUCCUCAUCUAUGCACUCACAAAAGCACUCACAAUCCUCUAAUCUAUGAACAAUCUAGACUUGACUGUGCCAUUUGGAUUCUCUCUUGAGAAUCUGAACUGAUUUUCUUCAGUUGGGUGAGUUGGCAGCUGUCCCUGUUGUAAUGGUCACCAUUACAGUAAAGGUGCCCCUACUCCUGCUGCUGAGGAGCUCCCCAGGGGCCCCUGGGUCCCGGCCUGCCUCAGCUCCAUCCAGCUAUUCCCUGGGCCUCCUAAUAAGUGGCCCUCAUUUUCCUGAAUUAAUUUGACUAAGUUUCUAUUCUGUGUGAUCCUUGACCCACUGGCAUGCUUCUAAAUCUAUCUACUGAUGCUAGGGAGAUAAAAAAAUUUGGAUUGUAUAAUUUUUAUACUAUUGAACCCUCUACCUGAUUUAUGACUUUUAUAACCUAGGUAAAGAGAUCUUUUUUCCCAGUGGUAUCUUUGCUAGUCUCUUAGCCUGAUAAAUAGAUGUGGCCUAAAUCCUGCAGUCCUGGCUAGUGAGCACUUCCUCCCACUCCUCUCCUUUGAGUCACUUAUAAAUUCAGUUCAAUUCCAUGUAUAUGGAUUAAUAUCUACUCUGUAAAGUGCGUUAGGGGCAAAGAUGAGGGACACCUGCUCUUCAGGCAGUCACAGUGCGGAGCAGCCUCCUCUGGUAGUGACAGAGGACGCCAGGCUGCAGGGAGUGGGAGGGGACAGGCAUCCUGGAGCGUGGAGCAGUCUAGAUGGGCCUAGAAGUAUCGGUAUGAUGUUACCUGGCAAGAGGGAAGAGCCGCUCCAGGCAAAGGUCAGGAUUUCAUAAUCAAAGAGAAGCAGGAACCAAGACAAUUGUGAGGCCUGCAGGGAAUAACGGCAAGGGCAGCAGUGGACUCAGAAGCCCCAGGUGAAGUUCCAGCACGCUUCCCUUGGGUUGCAGGUGAAUUUGGCGUGCUCCCUCAGCCUCUCUACAUGUCGUCCCAUCUCGUCUGUAAAAUAGGAACACUCUGCCUAUUUCAUAAAUUGUCUAGACCAGGAUUUUUCAAAGUGCAGAUCUCAACCCAUUACUGAAUAGAGAAGCCAACUGAAUGGCUUAAUGGUGUGUGACUAGCUUUUUUUUUUUUUAAAUAAAAUAGAAAACAGCGUGCGUGGCAUGUAGUAACAGGAGGUUUUGUUUCAUCAAUCUUCUGUUUGUGUGUUUUACCUAUUGUGUUCAUUGUGUGCUCCACCAGUGUGUAAGGUCCUUGAAGACAGGGAUUUUGGUUUCCCUUCUCCCCUCCCUGCCUUCCUCUUUGUUCACUACUGUAUUCUGCUUAGAAUAGUAUUUGGCGUAUAGUAGGGGUCAGUACCUACUUACUGAAGGAACGACUGAAUGAAUAAAUAUGACCCGGAUCAUGA